CGUCUGUCUUUGAGUAACGUUGUGUGUUGAAGUGAAAUGGAAUUUGUUGAAUUUUAAUUGCACGCAGCACGCUGCCGGCGAAAACAACAGCAAAAUUAGCGGACUGAUUUCAUUCAACCUGAGAUAAAGCAACAAUAAUAGCGCAUAACACAUCGCAAAGGCGCAGCAGGAGAAAAUAGCUGAUAAAUAGACAAUAAUAAAUAAAUAAUACACACAAAGGCCAGGGACGUCGCUUCAAUUAUACUUGUCAAUGAAUCAGUGAAAUCACCGAUCAUAUCCCAAUCAUCUCAGCCAAUCAGCAGAAAUGACAGAGACCAGUAAUCAGCAGCCUGGCAUCGGAGAUUUCAGUGGCCGCCACUCGGCAUCGCCGGCCCGCACCAUUGAUUCGCAUGAUUCCACCACCGGCAGCAUGGAUACCAUUGUGGAUCGCAGCGUGAAUCGUGAGGAGCUCCAUCAGGUGGUGACCACAAUCGAACAAAGCACGAAUACCACGAACUUGGCGGGAUCAGGAGGUAGUCUGACCAACUCGCAAAUCGGCAUGCUGGAAAGGGAUGAGAAUCGGAAACAGCAGGAGGACCAGGAGCAGGCGCGCCAGGAUGCCCAAAGUCACAUCUAUUCGAGUCCUGUCUACGAUGAGAAGCCGCCGGCGGUGAAACUUCUAUCCGCCGCCUUAGACUUCGAUGCCCAAAAAUCCCAGGCAAACAAUGAUGACGAUAAGCCCAAUCUUAUUUCGCACCAAGAGUUCAAACAACAGCUGGAGGAAGCUAUGGCUUCGCGUCACCCAAACCAGGCGAAUGGCACCAAGAGUGGGGCCAACACUUUGGACUCCAGGAUCAGCCGUAAACAGCGCUGUCCGCCGGAAUUUAUUAAGUACAAGGAGGGUAGCGAGGGCGGGGGCAGUGGCUCAUCGCUUUCCUCGAAAGAUCGGCGCAAGCGCAAGGCGAGCAAUGAAUGCUGCUCGGCAUUUCCACUGCAAAUAGUGUUGGGCACUCUCCAGUUGCUCCUGGCCAUAUCGCUGGUGGCCCUGGGAUCCCUUCUAAUCGUCCGAGAGGCAGCGCUCUCCCUGGCGGGAUGCGGCAUCUGGGCAGGACUGAUAGCAGCCGUUACGGGCUCCCUUGGAGUGGUGAGCAUGCGGAAAACCCAGACAGCGUUUUUGGCCCUCAGCUUGGUCUGCAUCGCCAGCAGCACCCUGGCUCUGGCUAUUUCCGGCGUGGGAUUGUCAAGGGAUCUCAACCGGAUGGCGGAGCAAAAGGGCGAACAGAUCCACUUGAUCGAUACCAACAGCGAGGUUUCCGCUGCCUGCGGCUUAAUUUUUGCCCUGUUUCUUCAUUUUGUGGUCAGUAUUGUAUCCGUCUAUCGUUGCGCCCUUCAGAUUUGCACCAAGUCGGAACACAGUGAGCUUCGCGACGUGAUUAUCAAGUCGAAUGCUUCGGGAAUCGCUCUGGACCAGCAGAAGGUGGACCAGUACAUCAAGGCGAUGUCUCUUAAUGGCAGUGAAAAGGUUAACACCGAGAAGCUAGCGGCCAUGUGGAUGUAUGCCACCCAGAUGGGAAGCCUGCCGCCAACAGUCCGCAAACUGACGCCUCCAUCGCGGCAGAUCAUGCUCAUUCCCUCCACCGCCGGCACCGGGAUGGCACCACCACCGCCCACACGUUUGCCACCUCCGCCGCCGGGCGCCGCAGCUGGACUCCUGCUUCCCGUGCCUCCGCUGCCGCCGCAGUACCGUGGAAUGACCCUUCCCUACAUGCGAACCGGGCUCUACGCCCACCCGGCUAGCCUUAGCGAGACGUACCGGACGCACAAGAGCACAAAGUCGGCGGAGAUCAAUGGACAGCGAAGACGGCGGCGGGCGGGAAAGUCUGAUGCCAGUCGUCGGCAGCGCCGCAAAUCGGAAGCGGAUGUCCUGGACGGUGCUCCCAAUUUCCAGUAUACGGGUCUAGAUCGAGCCAUAGCUGAUAGCUUCUUAGCCAGGCAGGAACAGUCACAGGCGGGCAGUCACGUCGACUAUUCGUCGUCCGCCUCCUCGGACUUGUACGGCGGUCAGAGGGCAUCCUCCAAAACGAAGAUCGUUUGCCGGGAUGUGGUGAUGUGACGGGAAAAGCAUCCGUUUUAUAGGACCCAGUUUCCCAGCCUUUUGUAAAUAUUUCCACGGAGCCACGACGAAAUCCCAUCUAUGUGGGGCUUUGUCUGAUAAAUUACCCUUUUUAUAGUCCUAUCCAUUACUCUAUCAAUGUACUUACAUAUGCGUUUAGCUCUUAAGACACAUUAAUAUGAAUCGAAUAAAGAUAUAUUAAACAAACGAAUUCAA